AUGCGUACCUCUCGUACCUUUCGUGCCCUUUCCAAAAAACCUCUCCUUCUCUCUCUCUCUCCCUGGUAUGUACUCACUCUCGACUGCACAGCACUUGUCCCUGACUUCUCCAGGAACACGCUCACACACUCGCUUGACACGGCAACUCUACCCCGAGUCUCCCCCCAAUCCAAGAUCAGGCUCGUACCUGUAGCCCUUCCGUCGAAACGCAAUCUCUGCAAAACAAUGUUUCCUUCUCUGCAAACACACGGGGACAUCACGGCCCACUCGCCUCCCCUCGGCUCCCUUCUCCCCCCCCCAGCCACCUUCAUCCGAAUCGCCCCACGUCUCUCAUCACUCACUCAUCAUCCGUCGUCCAACGCUCACUCACUCUCUUGGAAUAUGUACGCACGAACAGAAAAACAAACAACUCACACACAUGAUCGAUCCACUGAAGCACCAGCAGCACCAGCGUCGAUUCAGCACACUUUCCAUCCUCCCAUCCCACCCAUCCCCUCAGAUAGGCCGGACCGUCCACAACACCCACACUGCGCCCCCCGCGCGACCGCUUCCCUUCCCUCUUCGCCCGUUUCAAGCGUCCGAGGUGACACAGCCGGACCGAAGUCCAGUCCAAAGAUGCAAAGUCCAAAGUCCCAGAGUCCACAAAAAGGCCCAAUCACGAGCCAAACAUCGCCCGUCGCGCUGCACCACUGCCGCAUCUCUCCCACACGCGUCGACCCGAAGGUUCGACGUGCUCGGGAUGCCCAGAAGACCCAUACAACCGGCUAG